CCGCUGGGUUCACGCCUGACGUUUGCGCUGUUGUCAGCAGCUUGCAAGUCACCAAGGCGGCUCGCUUUUGCUGCUCGUUCGUUUCUUUUCAAACUGGAAAUUCUGUAACAAAAAAAUAUCAGAUACUCGGUAGGAUUGUGUUUUAUUUAUCUGUGUGGCAAUGGCCGACCCGAAGUACGCCAACCUGCCGGGCAUCGCCUCUAACGAGCCGGAUGUGUAUGAGACCAGCGACCUGCCCGAGGACGAUCAGGCGCAGUUUGAGUCGGAAGAGCUGUGUAGUGACAGUGUGGAGCGGAUUGUUGUCAAUCCCAACGCUGCUUAUGACAAGUUCAAAGACAAGCGUGUCGGCACUAAGGGCCUCGACUUCUCGGACCGCAUCAGCAAGAGUCGCAGAGUGGGUUAUGAGUCUGGAGACUAUGAGCUUCUGGGUGAAGGGUGUGGGGUUAAGGAGACUCCUCAGCAGAAGUACCAGCGGCUCGUUAAUGAGAUUCAGGAGCUCACAGAGGAAGUGGAACAUAUUCAGACCAGUGCUAAAGAGAGCAGUGCAGAGGAGCGCUUAACGCCAGUGGUUCUGGCUCAGCAGGCGGCCCAGCUCAAACAGCAGCUGGUCUCAGCCCAUCUGGACUCAUUGCUGGGCCCAAACGCCCACAUUAACUUGGCUGACCCAGAUGGAGCUCUUGCAAAGCGGUUGAUGACUCAGCUCGAGGUGGCUCGGGGUGUGCGUAGCAGUGCUGGGGUGGAGGGGAAAUCAGCAGCACCCAAGGGCCCAGAUGGAGUUGUGCUGUAUGAACUCCACAGCCGGCCUGAACAUGAGAAGUUCACAGAGUCUGCCAAGAUAGCAGAGAUGGAGAGGAGGUUGGCGGACCUGGAGACUGCAGUAGGUUCUGGAUUAGACAAGCGGGGUCCUCUCAGUGCUGGUCUUCAGGGAACCAGUCUAAUGGAGACUAUGGAGCUGCUGCAGGCUCGAGUCAGUGCUCUGGAUGCUGCCACUCUGGACCAGGUUGAAGCCAGACUGCAGAGUGUUUUGGGGAAGAUGAAUGAAAUAGCCAAACACAAGGCAGCAAUUGAAGAUGCUGAAACACAAAACAAGGUGGCACAGCUGUAUGAUAUGGUGCAGAAGUGGGAUGCCAUGGCAACAUCCCUCCCUCAGGUGGUCCAGAGACUGAUCGCUGUUAAAGAGCUACAUGAGCAAGCCAUGCAGUUUGGGCAGCUGCUGGCCCAUCUGGACACCACACAGCAGAUGAUCAACAACGCACUGAAGGACAACAGCACACUGCUCACACAGGUGCAGCAGACCAUGAAAGAGAACUUGGUUUCAGUUGAAGAGAAUUUUGCUGCUUUGGACCAGAGGAUGAAGAAACUCUCAAAAUAAGAUUUUUUUUUUCCCCUUGAAUGAGCAAUUAAGAGAGAGAGAUUGAGGGAUGUGGAAGAUGAUCAUUUCAUACAUUUAAAUUCUGUGCUUCUUCCUUUAAACAUUUUCCUUUAUUUCCUUGGAAAUAAAGUUUAAAAGAAUGGUGUAGUUGAAGGUUAUGACCAAAUGCCCUUUUACACUACAAAAACUUAGUGACAUUUACACCUCUGCUGUUCCUGUCUCUGGAGAUAGGUAUGUAUCUCCUCAUAUCUGAAUCACUUGCCUAAAUUCCACUCCCAACUACUGAUGGGGUUUUUAAAGAAUGAAUUCCAGAUUGAUGAUUUUCCUGCCACUUUAACUCAGCUUGAAAGACUGAACUUAAUGUUUUUGUGUUGUAGAUGUUUCUGACCCAAGGACUAAAUUACAUGUUUAAACAUUAGUUCACUCUUCUGUGAACAGCAGUCCAUGAAUAAAAUGUACACAUGAGGAGAGCCACUGCCUCUGGCCAGUGUUUAUAGGAGGAUGUUUGCUCAUUGAGUCAGAAAUCAUACUGUAUUUAUACAUCUGGGAGUACCUUUACCUAAUCACUCUCAGUUGCUUGUAACUGAUUGUAUUAUGACCAAGAUGGAUCAGCACAGGUUACUCUGCUUUUGUCAUAUGCAUAAACUGUUUAAAAUAUUGUCUUUCUCCAGAUGUGAGAAUAAACUAAACAUGCUUUGAGAA